AUGUUAUCCCUUAAUAUUUCAUCUUACUCGACACCAUCUGGAUAUCAGAUUUCGGAGUUGCCUAAGCCGCAGCUCGUCAACUCGAAAGAUGUGAUCAUCAGGGUUUGUGCUGCUAGUAUUAACCCAAUCGACGUCAAAAGAGCCGCUGGCGCUUUGAAACUGGCAGUGAGAGACUCUGAUAACCAAAGCAGGUUUCCGUAUAAAAUCGGGUAUGAUUGUGCGGGCAUAGUUACAGAAACUGGACAGGACGUGCACCAAUUCAAAGUUGGAGAUGCAGUCUAUGCUAGACUACCAGAGAUUUCCCGAGGCUCAUGCAGUGAGUUUGUUAGAUGUUCAGAAGAACAUAUUGGACUUAAGCCGCCUUCGUUGUCUUUUGAGGAGGCAGCUUCAAUCCCACUAGCAGCAAUGACAGCACUCCAGGCACUUCGGGAGUAUCGUGGUGAUCUUGCUGGGAAAACAGUAUUUGUGCCUGCUGGCUUAAGUGGGACGGGUUUAUUCGCCUGCCAGCUCGCAAAGAAUGUAUUCAAUGCUGGGAUGGUCAUUACCACGGUCUCAACUGCGAAAAUUCCAAGGGUGAAAGAGCUUCUGGGUGAAAACACGGUAGAUCAGAUUAUUGACUAUACAAAAUCCGACCCGAGAGAUGUCAUCGAACAUGGCUCAAUCGACUUUCUUUUCGACACAGUUGGCCUUGCUAUGGAAUACUUGUGCUUGAUGCGACCAGGAUCUAGCCGUAUCGUGUCCGUCGCAACUUUACCAUCCGGUGACCAGCUGCAGAGUUCGUCGCUCUUGGACCUACCUCAUCACCCCAUUAUCCCACUUCCUUUCCGACUGGGGCUUAAUCUACUAGAUCAUAUUCGCAAGCUAAGAGCAGCACGUUACAAGACGGAGUAUUCAUACAUGUUUCUGAAAUCGAGUGGCAAAGAUCUGGAUGAGUUAAGGCGCUAUAUUGAAGAGGGCCGACUAAGAACAGUUGUGGGCACAACCGUGGAUCUUCGAGAUAUUGAAGCAGUACGAAAAGCAUGCGACGUCGUUUAUAGCGGACGGGGCGGUCUAGGAAAGUUGGUGAUUCGGGUUUCUGAGCCCGGGAACGUUUCUUGAGUUUGGUUGUGUUUCUGCAUCUCGAGAUACUGUAGAGAGUCAUCUUAGAAGAAAUAUAGUCGGGAAUAUAAGAAAAUGAUAUAUCUCUUGUUACCAAAUUUGUUCUUGGCCUAUCCAGUUCAAUGUAUCGGAUAUACAAUCUUCUCCCAGAUGGCGUCCCUCCCUGUAGUGUAUCGAUGCGCAAUAACGAGUAGUAUAAGGAUGGUGGAUUUUAGAGUCCUGACCCCUCCAUCUGCGUCAUCGGGAGCUUGAAGAAUCCACGAAAAUAUUGCCUAUUUGACUCGCGAGGUAUCUUGCCAUGCUGUAUAGUAAUAUCUGCAAAUAGAGUGUUUGUCAGUCAUGCUUAUAGUUAACUAAGUUAUAUCAUAUAAAAUAGAACAUAUGGUCGGCAAUUAUAUCGGACACAAUGCCGACAU